AGAAGACAAGCAAGACAUCAAGGUUGGAGAGGCCGCCUCGAUGCGAGAGGUUGCUCCUACCAUCCCCACUGUAGAAGGCUGGUCAGGCUACACGAAGACACCACCUCAAGGCUCACCCAACAGGGUGAGCAUCUCAUACUUCGGCACAAAGCGAAGGCUUGUCAUCGAUGCAGAAGUCGUCAAGGCACUGAAGGUCUUGCGAGCUGAAGGCAGAAUUGAGAUCAUUGUCAGCGUUACUCCCUCUGUUGGGAGCCUCAAGGGAGACGCCGAGGAAGGAAAGGAGUGGAUGCUCUGCAAAGGAGUCCUGAUUGAGACUCGAGACCGUGAUUCGGACCACUUUGCAGCCCUAGCUCGCCCCGAUCUGCAAUACGCAUGGGACAACGAAACUGACUUAGAGCCAAGACCCGAAUCGACCAAGCAAGGCAAGAAGUCGAAAGGCAGAAACGGGAGACAGACUCAGCAGACGCCGCAGAAGAAGAAGCAGAAGCGUUCCACUACAGUAGGUGACGAUCAUCAGAGCGGCGAUGAAGACAAUGAUGAUGCUAGUGGCGACGAUGAAGCCGAAGGAAGCGUCGCUGCUACUACAGCUGCUGACGAAGAGGAAGAAGACGAGGUGCCAAAGGUAGAACGAUCAGAAGAAGAGAUGCUCGUACCCAGUGGGCCGUACAACACCCUCCCGCCCUUGUUCCGUCUGGCUCAGAGUAGCAGCGGAGUAGACGGGAGCACCGUCUCAGACAGCCUCGACGCUAGUGCUCCGCCUCAGGAGCUAGUGAUCAACGUCUACCUCGACAAGCUUGCGCCCCUAAGCGAAGCAAAGUGGCUGAAGACGGGCGACGUUGAAGACUGGCUGUCCGCCCUGCCCGGCUUUGCUCAUUCUAGACUAUCGGACCAAUCCUGGCAUCAGAAGAUUCACGUAGAUGAUCCGGACCCGCCUCCCACCAUCUUCGACGUUUUCGCCGACUGGGGCACGAAGUCUUUCCUGGGCACUGGUCGGGAUCGUCGCCGCUUCGUCCUGGACUGUCUUAGUGACUCCAAAGGCCAAGUCGAGAUCCUGUGCAGGCUCGUUCGAGGGGAGAGAGCCAGUACCGUGUCUUCAAAAGAGCUGGCGGUCGCUGGAGGGAGUGGGAAGAGAAAUCCACUGGCAGAAGCUGCUAAGAUGACGUCCUUCACGUCUCAUCAGACGCACCUCUCGCUAGCUGUCAUGGCAAUGUUCGGCCUCACGGCAGAGUACGCCGAAGCUGCUGGAGAGAAGCAAGAGAGCUUCGAUGGGAGAAUCAGUGAGAUCCUGAUGGGGCUACCACAGAAUCUGGUCUUCAAGGCAUUAGAUGGUUUGUGGAAGGAAGUGAUGGAGAAGAAUGCCAGAGUCAGCGCAGCCGCGGCGAGAAGUGCUGCAUCUUCGAUAAAGAGCAGUGCUGCCUCAGCCUCGUCUAAAGCUACUCCGACGUCCAAGCAGCCAACGCCUGUAGGACCUUCGACAGCUGGCGCUCCUUCGCAGAAGCGCAAAGCCUCGUCAGGUCCGGCAGCCGAAGAUGCUUCCCCGUCUGCGAAGGAGAAUGGCUCAGGUGGCGCAGCUAAAUCGACUUCACCUGCGACGCCGUUGCAAGCUGCGGGGCAGGAAGGAGGUAGCAGUAGCAAGAAGGCCAGAAGCGGUAGCCGCAAUUUCGCUUCGACUCCAGCUGCUGCUGGUGCUGCUCCUUCAGAGACCAUCUCUGCGUCGUCUGACGCCUCUAAAACUGAGGCCGAAGCCGAGAAUGGAGAUGAGGAGGAGGAAGAGGAAGACGAGCUAGAGUCUGAGGCUUUGCAAGAAGGUCGGGACGAGGGUGCUGCACACCGCGAAGACGAAGGGGACGAGAAGACUGCCGCUGCCGAUGCCUAUGCUGAUGAAGCGGAAGGUGAAGAGCAAGCAGAUGCAGACGAAGUUGAUGGCGACCAGGAAGACGGCGGUGAUGAAGAGGCCGAGGAAGAGGUGGAGGAGGAAGAUGAGGGGGAGGCCCCAUCUGUGCAUGUGGAGACACAUGGUCCCGCGGAUGAAGAGCAGGAGGGGGAGGGGGAGGCAGUCGUCGUUCUCGAGCGAGACAACGGAGAGGAAGAGGAGCAGGGGUAGGAGGGUUGCAGGAAAGAAAGGCUGGGCAGGCACGAGGGAAGCCAUGAGCCUCUACACCGUGGUUCUUGUUGCCCGCUCCGUGUAUCCUUCUUUCCCAAGCUUCAUCGAGCGUCAUCCUCUUCUCUGACCAUGUAGCUCCAAUUGUCUCACUCUAUCGGCCUGUGUCAAAGUAAUCCAUUGCCUUUGUAUCUA